AAAACCAAAUAAGCAACAAUGAAUAAAUUAUAGUGUAAGUGACAAAUAUAAAACUAAGUGAAAUAAAAAAGUGAUGCGUCCAAACAAAUGCAAGAAAUUCAAGUUCAAAUGAUUAAAUGACGUCACGAUGGCGUUACGGCAUGACGUCACAACUAUGGAGACCAAUUUCCUCACAGCUGAUCCGCCACCGGUGACCGAGAUCACCUAUCAACCAAAGACUGACUUAGCUACCGAAUACUUUAAUACCUUCAACCAAAUAUGCGAGAAUUACCGUAGUGAUUCCGACGUCAAUCUUCGGCAAACUUCGGACAGUCUUCGGCUGUCGUCGGAGAUCCUCGACGGUGUUCGUUCGGAGUACGUUAGCACAGACUUUACGAAUAAAGACUAUGAGUUGAAUGCUGAGAAAGUGUUUUUGAGUGGAAAGGACGAGCACAUAUUCCAGUUUGGACAACCCGAUGCCUCGGCGUUGUUGAGGCAUAGGGCUAGGAGAAGAUUCAAUGAGGAGCAUGGCCUGCAGCCUCCAGCGACUACCAGUCAAGAGAGUGGGUACGGCAGCGAUGAAUUCGGUCACGACUCCCCGAGCCGGUACGCGUCGCCCAAGGGCGCGGGCGCGGGCGCACCCUACCAGGAAGCGUACUACGCGGGCGGCGAGUGGGCGGCGCCCUACUACCAGCCGCCGCCCGCCUACCAGCACGACCCCUAUGCCACUUCGCCAGGUAUAGCGGGCGCGCCGGUGGGCGAGGCGGGCGGCGGCGGCGCGGAGCUGCCCCUGCCGCCAAUGUCCUCAUUCCGGGCCGCCGCGCCGCACCAUUCACCCACAGACCCCAUGCUCGUCGCCAAGCCGCCGUUACAACCUAUGUACGGCGGCUCGGCCAGCACGCCGGUGGCGGGCGUGGGCCCGGCGGGCGCGGAGGCGGGCAGCCUGUCCUCGUACGGGUCCUCCCCGUCCACGCCGGUGCACUCGCCGCCGCCGCUGCACGCGCGCCUGUACCCGCCGCUCAAGCACUCGCCCGCGCACGCGCACCCCCACCCCCAUCCCCACCAUGUGCACCAUCAUAAUGGACAGCAAACGAACUGGGUAUCGUCGGGCGUGUCGUCGCCGCCGUCCGCGUCGACGCCGCACGCGCACGCGCUGCCGCCGCCGCUGGCCAACGGCCACCACGCGCCGCUCGCCGUGUUCCCUCCCGUCAUGGUCAGUGCUGGCGCGCCGGCCGAGCAGCGACAGCUCGACGAGGCCAUGGGGUUCCUGAGGGAUCAUUCUGACUGUGGCGCGCGCAUGGAGGAGCGGCUGGACGACGCCAUCAACGUGCUCCGCAACCACGCGGAGGCGCCCGACCUCUACCCGCAGGACCACCACCAUCCCCACCAGCCCGCCGCCGUCCCACGGUUGGGCGCGGCGCUAGCGCUGCACGCGGAGCCGCCCAUCAAGAUGGAACGCCACGUACUGCCCAACACCAAGAAACGCAAAGAACCUCCGGACUCAGGGUUGGACUCGAAGCCGUCAUCCUCAGGGUCGGGAGACGCCCUGGCAGCCAAACCGCCCAGCACCAAGCGCUCGAGGAGAUACUCGACCAACCCCGCAAUGCCCAGCUGCUCGUCCGCCGACGAGGACGACCUCGACCCCGACACGAAGGCCGCGCGCGAGAGAGAGCGCCGCCAGGCCAACAACGUGCGAGAGAGGAUAAGGAUACGUGAUAUAAACGAGGCUCUCAAGGAGUUGGGCCGGAUGUGUAUGACGCACCUGAAGAGCGACAAGCCGCAGACCAAGCUCGGGAUACUCAACAUGGCGGUCGAGGUCAUCAUGACGCUCGAGCAGCAAGUUAGAGAACGCAACUUAAAUCCGAAGGCGGCGUGUCUGAAGCGCCGCGAGGAGGAGAAGGCGGAGGAGGCGCCCAAACUGCUGCCCGCGCCGCUACAGCACUACCAGCCCAUGCCGGGCAUGGGCCAGUUGCCCGGGCAGCCGCCCACGGGGGCGCCGCCCCAAUAGCGACGCCCGCCGCUACUACGCACUGCGCCCGCUCACACGCACUAGCCCGGACUGGCCGAGCUGUGGAACGGUCUGACACUUGUAUGGACAAGUGUCGAAGGAAAAUGUUGAGGAAAAGGCUUUUUGGGAGGUUUGAGAUUUUAUUGGUAAAAAAAGAAAUUCUGUUUUUUCGGAGUUUAUGAGAAUAAUUUAAAGGUUUUCUUGGUAGGAAUGUUGUUCUUUAAGAAUUUUUUUUCUGAAAUUUAAGUCCAAAAAUAUACAGGUGUUAAAGUAGCUAUUGAUGAAAUGAUUUUUUGAUUACUGUAAAAUAUUAUAAUCUUGCAUGAAACUCAAUCAAGCAUCCAAAACAAUUUAUAUAUUUAUUAAUUAACUCUAACUACCUGUAUAUAAUAUGUUAUUCAAAUAAUAAAUUAAACAACGCGACAAUUUUCUUCUAAAAAAAAUGUUUUUUCAACAUUUUUCUUCGACAAAAAUCCAUGAAAAAGUGUGAACCAAAAUUUGCAUUUUAUUAUUAUUUCUUUAUUAUUUUUAAACCCGUUGAACGGGAGUGGGACACUGUCUUCCCAACGGAAGAAUGCCAUAAGUAAAAAUGUAAUGCUUAAUCAUAAGGUUUUAUUUUAAGUUCAGGUUUUUUUUUUUAAUAAAAAAAAUCGACAUUUUUAAUUACCAGUGACUGUUGAGUUUGGCGUUUGAGUAAAUGAUGUCUUUUUAGCUCUCUACAAUUUAAUUAUGUUUCUUUCGCUGUUUUUGAUAAGCUUUUUUCGGGUAAAAGGUUUGUUAAAAAUAGCUCUUUUCAAAAAAUCUUUGUUUUCCGAUAUUUUUCUUUAUUGAAUAGUUUACAUAUAAGAUGUAACGGUUUACAGUUGGCAUAUUAUAAAUACCCCUUUUUUUAGCUUUCGCUUUUUAAUUCAGUUUUUUAUGCAAGUUAUAGACGUUUACUAAAAAAGUACUUUUUUAAAUUAUAGUCAAAAUUUUUACGUAAAGUAUUUUUUAAACAUACAAUUAUUAACAUCAAUAAAUGUGUUUGUUUAUAUAAACAAAGGUGGUAUUCAAAAUAUGACAGUAUAUUUCCGUUAUAUUUUGUAUGUUUAAACAUUAUUUUCUUGAAAAAACUUUUCUUAAAAUUUUCUUGCAACUACGAAUUUACUAAACAUGACAUUUCGAAUUGAGAAUACUGACCUAUGACGUCACACGGCUGCAUAUAAUGUUUUGUAUCUGUUUCUACCCAAUGCCCGAUUAGCGGGUCCGCCUUAUAAUGGGUACUUAUCCCGUGUUACGUCAUAACGGUUACGUCAUCGAAUCAAACGUCAAACUCGAUUAAAAACUCUGUAACCCCCUUUUGAAGUCGGUUAACAAGGACGAGAGUUCCAAAGAAUUAUUGUAUUAAAAAUUAUGAAUUCAUCGAAAAAUGUUAAGCAGUGCGUAGUGACUUAUAUUUCGGACUCUAUAGUUAUAAUGUGUAUAUUAUUAGACCAUAGAUAAUAGUUUUAUAACAUAACAUCAGUCUGAAGGUGGAUGAGAAAAAAAAACGUUUUUUUUUAAAUGUCUUGAUU